AAGGUUUCAUGUAUUGUAAGAGGCGCGCGGCUGUCAGCGGAACUUACGUUUGACGUCAACCGUGCGGUGCUGCCACCAAAGUAUACCGGAUGGUGAGCACGUAUGCGCGCGCACGCGAGAGCGUGACCACGAGAUUCUUACGGCAUCGGAAGGGAGACACUCUCCUUCGGGUUUUGCGAGCGAUAGGUAAUAGCGCGAGCAAGAGGGUCAUUGUGAUAAUUUGUGUAAACGAGUUAAUUUUGAAGGAAUUAUAUCUUAACUUACCAUUCCAAUAAUGUCUCAAAGUUAUUCUCCCUUGACUCCAAGAUUCCUACCUUGUAUCGAUAUCCUUCGGAAAUAAGCUGCAUCCACGCGCCUUCUCAAGGAUCUCUAAGGCUCACGAGGCUUUCCUGACACCAAGAGAUUCUACCAGACGCUGGAGGAACCGCUCCGAAAUCGAUAAGGAUAGGUUUAGUUCAGUUAUUACAAUCUCAGAAGUGGGAUUGGCAGCAGGAUUGCUCCGUGUUGCAGGAACGGAGUAGUGUGACCGGAAGGUUCGAGAACAUUCGAACACGUGAUCGGCGCAUGGUACGGACACGUAAGCAGCUGGUAAUGGAUCGGGCAAGUCUUGAGAGGCUUACCCUCGAGGAACUAAAAGACGAGGCGGCCAGAUAUAGACUGCCUAUUACCGGGACCAGCAGCACGCUCAUCGAUACCAUCAUGACACAUCUGGAAAGGCAUGGGCCGAUGGCGGAGAUGCUGGACCUAGCUGCUCCCAGGCAACAGCCGGGUGCCGUACCGAAGACAGCAAAGGCGGCCCCGGCACGCACCGGUCCGCAGACGCCAACGGAGGCGGACCCGAUGCAACAGAUGUUGCUGGUGAUGCAGGGCCAGCAGCAACAGUUGACGAAGAUCCUCCAGCUACUGGUGGAUCAGCAGGCGGAGGUCUCACGGCAGCGGGAGGCGCCGACGGCGACUCUCGACCGGGUGCUGUCGAGGGACUCCCCGUCGGAUGAGACGGGCCGACGGUCUACGGAAUCGUGGUCAACGGGAUCCGCAGUGCAGGCGCUGGCCCAUCAGAUUCCAGAGUUCGCCGGCUCCGAGGAGAACAACGUCCAUGCCUGGGUGAAGAGGGUGGACAAGGUUGCCCAAGUACACGGAGCGACAGACGGAGCGACGUUGCUGGCGGCCUCCAGCAAGCUCACGAAGUCCGCACGCCGCUGGUUCGACGUCCAGGGUGACACGGCCGUCGAAUCAUGGGUAGGCCUGCGCGCAGAAAUGAUAAAGAUAUUUGAUCGAAAGAUUCCGUUCUUUAGAUCCAUGCAGAGAAUUGAGGCGAGAAAAUGGUUACCUGCCAAGGAAUCCUUCGACGAGUACGCGUUAGAGAAGCUGUCUCUGAUGCACCGGCUGGACCUUCCUGAGGACGACCGUAUCCAACUCCUGGUGAGUGGCAUCCAGCAGAUGUCCCUGAGGGCCACAGCGUUGUCGUUGUCGGCCGGCAGCGUGGACUCCUUUCUAGAGAAAAUGCGCACGAUCACGCAGGGCACGAUGGAGGUCGAAAGGAAGGCUGCCCCUAGUUCGUCGCAGGCCAAGAUGGAUAGCAGCUGUAAAAACUGUGGAAAAAAAGGACACAGUCAUCAACAGUGCAGGGCUGAUGCUACUUGCUUCUAUUGCAAGGAGCGAGGACAUCGAAGGUUCGAUUGUCCGGCCCUGAGGAAGAAGGAGAGCAGAACGGCGGCUAAGGUGACCAGCGCAUCGACGGUGGCUGCGACGUGCAGAGAUCUAGACCCAGCCGACGCGAACGAGGUUGCGGCCGUUGACGAGGUCGGCUCACAGCUGGUCGUGGAUAACCCACUAAUUCAAGUAAGCCUGUCAAGGACAACGGAAAAAUUGUUAGCGAUGUUGGACACCGGCAGCCCCGUGUCCUUCGUUAAGGCGAGCGCGUAUAAAAAAUAUAUCGACCCGAGCGGUAGCGAAAUCGCAAGCGUAGAAACAAAUUUGCGUAAUUUGUCUAAUGAAAAAUUACAGAUUCUUGGCAUAAUCUCAUUAAAGCUGAAAAUAGAAAAAUUGAAUUCUAAGGAAUUUUCGGUCGAUUUACAUGUUUUGAAUAGCGAGUCGUUCCAAGGUGAUAUCAUUAUAGGUCGCGAGUUUCUGUACAAAAACAAACUUACCUUGGUCUAUAAUCCGGCGGCGAAGGACAUCGAACAAAAGAUAAACUUGUUUUCGUUUCUGCCCUUGUGCGUCGACGAACAAAGAACGGACGAUCUGAAUCAAAUAAUAAGCGAUAAUAAUAUAGAUUUCGAUUUUAAAGUAAAGCAACAAUUACAGAAUUUGAUAUUAAAUGUUAGAAAUCGGGAUAUUGUACCGGUCGACGAUGACUAUGCGGUACAGGUCAACGUGAAGGAUACGUCGGUAUUCGCGUACGCUCCGAGACGGUUUGCGUUACAGGAAAGAAAGCAAAUGCGAGAAAUCACGGAUGACCUAUUGAGACGAGGGGUGAUCCAGCCGAGCGCAUCGCCUUAUUGUGCGAGGGUCCUCCUAGUUAAAAAAAAGAAUGGACAGCCAAGGCUAUGCGUAGAUCUGCGACCACUAAAUAGUCGGGUACACAAACAGAAGUACCCUUUUCCAAUCAUUGAGGAUUGUCUAGCGAGUUUAGGCGAGAAAAAGAUUUUCACUCUUUUAGACCUCCGUGAUAGUUUUUAUCAAAUCAAGAUACAUAAAGAUUCGAGGAAAUAUUUAUCAUUCGCGACCCCGGAGGGUCAAUUCGAAUUUAAACGCCUACCGUUUGGUUUUUGUGAGUCUCCUGCCGAGUUUCAAAAGAGACUCAUACAGAUACUGAGCCCGCUGAUUCGGCAAGACAAGGUACUCGUGUACAUCGAUGACGUGUUGAUCGCGUCGAAGACAAUCCGGGAAAACCUAGAAGUUUUAGAGGAAGUGUUAGUACUGCUCAAGAUGUAUGGCUUCGAGUUAAAUUACCAAAAGUGUAAAUUUUUAAGAAAACAAGUAGAGUUCUUAGGGUAUGUAAUAUCAGGCGAGGGUGUUACGAUAAGCCCCCGUCAUACUGAGGCAGUGAAAAACUAUAGGCAACCCCGAGAUAAACUUCAAUUGCAAAGAUUCUUGGGGCUCGCGAAUUAUUUUAGAAAGUUUGUAAAGGAUUACGCACAGAAGGCGAAACCUUUACAAAACCUGUUAAAAAAGGGGCGGAUUACAAUUUUGAUAAGGCAUGCGUACAGUCUUUCGAAAAAAUAAAAGCCGAACU